AUGAAGAUAUUAAUCACGGGCGCAGGCGGCUUCAUAGGCCAGCUGCUCGCAACACAUCUCUUAGAACAAGACGGCAUUGAAGUUGUCCUUGCCGACAUCGUGGAACCGCCUGUCCCAACAAAAGCCAAGCAUCGCGAAAAUGCUCAUUGUUUGGAGGUUGACAUAUUCGCAUCUCCCGAGGCAGUGCUUUUCAGAGACCUUAACGCAAUCUAUGCCUUCCACGGAAUCAUGUCGGCUGGCAGCGAAGCAAACUUUGAUCUGGGAUACCAAGUCAAUCUAUACAGUAACCUCAAACUUCUCGAUGCUAUCCGCCGAGUGUGCCCUGGUGUCAGAUUGAUCUUCAGCUCGAGCGUGGCCAUCUUCGGACAACCUCUUCCGGAACUACCGAACGAGACAACAUAUCCCACCCCACAGAGCUGCUACGGUAUCCAGAAGGCUAUAGUAGAACUCGCCAUCAAUGACUACACACGACGAGGCUUCAUCAACGGCUUCACGUUGCGGCUCCCCACCAUCUCGCCUCGGGCGGGCAAAGCGACGCAGGCCGCGAGCAAUUGGGUCAGCGGCAUCAUUCGCGAGCCUCUGCAGGGCCUAGAGAGCGAAUUACCCGUUGACGACGAUUUCCGAGUGUGGAUCUCCUCGCCGACCACCCUGGCCAAGAACCUUAUUCAUGUCCUCACGUUGCCUCGAGAUUGUCUCCCGUCGCAUAUCCGACAGAUUCAAUUACCCGGGAUCACCGUCACGUCCAAGGAGAUGCUUUCUGCGCUAGGUGAGGUGGGAGGAAGCGAUGCCACCGAUCUCGUCAAGCGCACGACGCCGAGCCCGGAGAUCUCUGCCAUUCUGCAUAGCUGGCCGCCGGCCUUGGAUGAUACUAAGGCCCGUGAGCUGGGCUUCGUUGCGGACCAGAGCUUUCUCGAGACGGUGAAGGAGUUUGCGGCAGCUUUGAAAAGUUGA